UUUUCUGUACGUGGUGGGUCACAUCUCAACUAUAUUGAACUUUACGAAGGCAAAUAAAUAGGAGGCAUGAAGACUCCUUCUUCUUUACUCUGAAUUGACUUAGAGAGAAGGAGAGAGAUAAAGAUAAAGAUCUCAACUUUCUAGAGAGAGAGAGAGAAGCGGAAGAGCUAGUUCUCAAGCUAAUAGGUUCGAUGAAAGCUCUUCGACGGAUUCAAACGCGGUCUUCUUUUCCAAAUCCUUCGUCGCCAUUAUUCUCUACUCCCUCGUCUUCAUCUUCUCCAUGGACUCACUUGCGUUCUGCUCUCGUCCUUGUCACUUCUUCAUCUCCCGCAAAAUCUUCUUCUUCCUCCUCCAAUCCGCAUCGACUAAAAUCACCGUGGUCACGGUUUAAACGGAAAAAGCCCCUCACGCUUCAACGGUGGAAAAGCUUCUUCACCCCUGAUGGUAGACUUCGGAAGAGAGGAGUUGGUUUGUUGAAGAAAGUCAGGAGCAGAGGCAUUGAUCCUAGCAUCCGGUCAGAGGUGUGGCCUUUCCUUCUUGGAGUGUGUGAUUUCAAUAGUUCCAAAGAAGAGAGAGGUGCUACAAGAACUCAGCGAAGAAAAGUGUACGAGAGACUACGCAGGAAAUGCAAAAGGCUUCAAAGACAAGACAGCUGCGAGUUCAAGUUAAACAAGAUCAAUAAACCUCCUCAAGACAAGCAUAACGGUUGGUCUUUUCCGCAAGACACUGACAGUUCCUGCUCUGAUGAGUCACUCUCUAGCGACAAAGAAAACACAGAAGAUAUUGGGUACAUGAGUGACGACGUCUCAUGUACUCUUGACAUAAACUACACUGGCUCAACACACGUGAACUCCGAGUCUUCAGACUCAGAUUCUUCAGACGAUAACAACUCCGUUCACGCCUUUCCUUCUACUCAAGGGAGAGAUGACAAUAGUACUUCUCCAUCAAGCAUAUAUAAUAAUACAUCCCGCACCAAAGAGGAUUUUGUUACUUGGCAGCGUAUAAUCCGCCUAGACGCCGUCCGCGCCGACACAGAAUGGUUCCCAUACUCCCCAUUCCAAGCCUUAGUAUCACAAGCCAAAGCGCGUCGCGCAGCUGCAGCGGUUAGUCUAAAAGACUACGCCCACUUAGAACCGUGGAAGAUCUUUCACGCCGCGCGCCUCGUGGCCAUCCUCGAAGCCUACGCCUUGCACGACCCCGAGAUAGGCUACUGCCAAGGGAUGAGCGACCUUCUCUCCCCAAUACUCACAGUCAUCCCCGAAGACCACGAGGCCUUCUGGUGUUUCGUGGGGUUCAUGAAGAAGGCUCGUCAGAACUUCAGGGUCGACGAAGUUGGGAUCACGAGGCAGCUCGGCAUAGUCUCGAAGAUCAUCGAAUGCAAAGACUCGCGGCUCUACAAGCACCUUGAGAAAGUCAAGGCGGAGGAUUGUUUCUUCGUUUACAGAAUGGUGCUUGUGAUGUUUAGAAGAGAGCUGACGCUGGAGCAGACGCUGUUUCUCUGGGAAGUGAUGUGGGCGGAGCAAGCUACGGUGAGAGCUGGGGUUGGGAAGUCUUCUUGGAGCAGUAGAAUAAAGCAUCAAGCUCCUCCUACGGAUGAUCUGUUGCUGUAUGUGAUAGCAGCUUCGGUGUUGCAGAGGAGGAAAGUUAUAAUAGAGAAGUAUAAUAGCGUGGAGGAGAUAUUGGGAGAGUGUCACAGUAUGGUUGGGAAACUAGACGUGUGGAAGCUCUUGGACGAUGCACGUGACCUUAUUAUUACCCUCCGCAGUAAGAUUGAACAAUAUGACAUGGGGUCAGAAUCAAAAAUAGGCAUGUGAUUUUUUGUGGUGGUGUUUGUUUUCUCUACCUGAGUUUGUUUACUUGGAGAUAGAUUGUGGCUUGCUGUAUCUCCAUUUUCAAUUUUGCAUGUGUAACAAACAAGUUUUGUGCCGGGGGAAGAGAAUCUUUCUCCGGUAUUAUAAUAAGUGUGGAUUACAUAGUUGGUCGGCAAUAAA